AUGAAAUAUUUUUCACGCUUUAAGAAUUUAGUGGACCGUUUAUUUACGAAGCAUCUUUUUGUAACUAACACCUCGGUGGGAAUUUUAUUCUUAGGUGCUGGAGAUGUUAUUCAACAAAUGAUAGAGAAACACCAGUUUGAAGGGAAAACUUUCGAGACUAAACGAACUCGUAAUAUGAUGAUUUCGGGCAGUGUUUUUGGAGUAGCAGGACAUUAUUGGUACCAGUUCUUGGAAUUCAAAUUCCCCGGACAAACAGUGAAAGCUGUGUCCAAAAAGUUGCUGUCAGAGAUGGUUGUCGGUCCUCCAAUCUUUCUGGGGUUUUUCAUAGCUAUUGGUUUUCUUGAGAAAAAACCACCUAAAAAAAGUUUCGAAGAAUUUAAAAAGAACUUUUUAUUAAUAUGUGUGGCAGACUGGGGAGUUUAUGCUCCACUGCAAGCCUUGAAUUUCUUUUAUGUUCCAAUAAGAUAUAGAUUUUUAUAUGUGAGUGCUCUUUGUCUAGCAUAUGAUGUAUUUUUAUCAUACAUUUUGCAUAAGGAAGAAAAUCAAGCAUUAACUAAAAAGAUUGAAUGA